GGGAACGGUAGAGCAGCGGAUUAGCGCGAUUUAUUUCAGUUUCGCUUCGCGUGGAGAGAAGGAUGAAUUAGAAAUCAACGUUUUUUACACGGACGCGGUUUCUGGAGCGAAUCCAGCCUGAGUUGCACUUGCCUCCUCAUGCGAAAGAUAGAUUCACUCUGUGCUCAUUUCCUGGAUUCGUGAUUUCAGAGUUACAACAACUUCUGCAAUCCUCUCAGUGGCUCAGUGUUUAUUGUGCGUGAGGGUCCCGCAAACACCAGGCAAUGCUGCAGCUGACUGCACACACUGCCUUACUGCCAAUGGGACAUACUCAUUUAAUCCGAAAAUUGUGAAAUCUGCAAGGAGUGUUUGAUUCAGUCAUGGAUGGAUCUACGACCAGUCUUGAUGAUGUGUCAGCAGAAAGCAGCACAGAGUACCCCGACAAGCUUUCUACAAUGGAGGUGCGUCUCCAAGCACAGGAAGAUGAAAUAACGCUACUGAAGUCCUCAUUGGCCGAUGCUUUACGCAGGCUCCGCCUCCACGACCAACAGAUACCCCUGCUUAAACAGCAGCUGAUUGCUGUGAACCCUGCUGCUGCUCGAGUGUUGAAUCAGUCCUGUUAUGUGGAUGGAUUCUCCAAACCGUGCAGAAUGUCUACAAGCUCCCUUGAUGGAUUUCACCACACACCUAACAGCCUUAUUUCAAACACAGCAGAAAACGGGGAGGGUGGGGCUAAAACCAUUCCCAGCCACAAACCGAGCACUAGCGAGAGAUGCACACAGACUGAACCGUGGAUCCCGAACCAUGAGUCCCUCCCGCUGGCCCUGACACGACAUGUGCAGAGUCUCUCCCUGGAGGACGCCUUACUCGAAGGCACCCAGUUCACAGAUGAGAUCCAAAUCAAAGAGGAAGAUGCUGAUGAAGACGAGCGGAAGAAGGACCAAACCUGGAGCUCCAUUGUUGAAGACCCCAUCCAGCCCACCACCAUCAGAACCCUCCAGCAGCAGCACAGCAAAAGCAGCGAGGACAGCCAGGGUUCAUGUCCUCAAACUCCAACAUCUUCCUCACCGGCACCCCCAAAAGAGCCAACAUCCAGCCCACAUGGAGGUCCUCUCUCCCCCAUUCAGGAAGGAGAGAAAACACUGGCGAGGAGGAACAGUGAGAAAUGUAAAGAACCUCAAGACAAGACCAAACAGCGGCUCUCUAAGAAAGCGGCCUCUUCUACCAAUUUACUCACAAGGUCUCCAAGUCUGGAAAGUCGGGCAAAAGACCUCAUCUCCAGUGCUGGUUCUCAGGGGUCUAGAAGAGGAACUCAAAAUCAGUCAAUCAAGAUGUUCAUCCGUGGGCGACCGAUCACCAUGUACAUUCCUUCGAACAUUCAAAACUACGAGGAGCUGAAAAUGGAUCUUCCCUCACAGAAACUGGAUCUGGACUGGGUCUAUGGUUACCGGGGACGAGACUGUCGAGCAAACCUUUACCUGUUGCCAUCUGGAGAAGCAGUUUAUUUUAUUGCAUGUGUGGUGGUUCUGUAUCAUAUCAGCAACCAAAAGCAAAGACAUUAUCGGAAGCACACAGACUGUGUCAGAUGUCUCGCCAUCCACCCAGAUAAGGUGCGUGUAGCAUCUGGACAGACAGCAGGUGUGGACAAAGAUGGCAAGCCUCUUCAGCCCUUUGUGCACAUCUGGGACUCUAAAACGCUAGUGACGCUGCAACAGAUUGGUCUCGGCAUAUUUGAGCGAGGUGUCGGAGCCAUAGCAUUUUCCAAUUCAGAUGGUGGUACAUUCCUGUGUGUCAUUGAUGACUCCAAUGAGCACAUGCUUUCUGUGUGGGACUGGAAUAAAAACAUAAAGCAAGCCGAAGUCAAGAGCACUAAUGAGGCAGUUUUGGCUGUGGAUUUCAGCCCUACAGACACCAACAACAUCAUCUCCUGUGGCAAGUCCCAUGUCUACUUCUGGACAAUGAGUGCUGGCACUAUGACCAAGAAACAGGGCAUCUUUGGAAAAUACAAAAAGCCAAAGUUUGUGCUGUGCUUCGUGUUCAGUCUUACGGGUGAUGUGUUAACGGGAGACUCAGAAGGGAACAUUCUCACAUGGGGAAAAUCAGCUGCUGACAUCAAAACAUUAGGAAAAGGAGCAAAGGAGACGUUUCAGAUCAUGAAGCAGACCCGUGCUCAUGAGGGCAGUGUGUUCACUAUGUGCAUCCUGCAGGGCGGCGCUAUACUUAGCGGUGGCGGCAAAGACCGCAAGAUCAUUCGCUGGAGCGCAGACCUGGCACCUGAAAGAGAGUGUGAGAUUCCUGAGAAAUUUGGAGCAGUGCGCACCAUUGCAGAUUUAGAUGGAGAGGAGCUGCUCGUUGGCACAACACGAAAUGCAAUCCUGAGAGGAACAUUUUCAGACGGUUUUGUGGCCAUUGUACAGGGACAUGUGGAUGAAAUGUGGGGUCUUGCGACACACCCCACUCAGAAUAUCUUUGUAACCUGUGGAAAUGAUCGUCAGCUGUGUGUGUGGAACGCAGAGGACCACAGACUGGACUGGUGCACAACGCUAGAGGACUCAGGUCUGUGUGCUGAUUUCUGCCCUAAUGGAGCUGUUGUGUCUGUUGGAUUGAGUACUGCAAGAUGGGUUGUGCUGGAUCUGCAGACUAAAGAAGUGGUGUCAGACCUGAUUGACGGCAAUGAACAGUUGUCUGUCAUGAGAUACUCACCAGAUGGCAGCUUUUUGGCAGUUGGUUCGCAUGAUAACUUCAUCUACAUUUACAGCGUCACUGAGGGUGGCCGGCGCUACACGCGAUUUGGAAAAUGCACUGGCCACUCCAGUUUCAUUACUCACCUUGACUGGUCCAAAGAUGGGAAAUACAUCAUGUCUAAUUCAGGCGAUUAUGAAAUUCUAUACUGGGAUGUGGCAAGCGGCUGCAAGCUGUUGAGGAACCGGUUCGAGAGUAAAGAUCGGGAGUGGGCGUCCUAUACCUGUGUGCUUGGAUUCCAUGUUAUGGGUGUGUGGCUGGAGGGAUCAGACGGAACAGACAUCAAUGCCUUGUGUCGAUCACACAGUGAGCGAAUGGUGGCAGUGGCCGAUGACUUCUGUAAAGUUCAUUUGUUCCAGUACCCCUGUCCCAAACCAAAGGCUCCAAGUUAUAAGUAUGAAGGCCAUGGUAGUCACGUGACCAACGUUCGGUUUACGCAUAAUGACAGUCACCUCCUAUCAUUGGGCGGCAAAGAUACCUGCAUCCUCCAAUGGCGAAUGAAAGGAGCGGGGACUGCAGAACCAAAAGAACAUUCAGCUGCUGCUGCUUCUCCAGAAAAUGGAACAUAGAGAGACUUAAUUACCAGGAAUCCAGGGGGCAAAAAAUAGGCAUGAAGAUAUUCUUGGGAAUGAAACAAGGAGGAAAUAUCUUAUUUCUCAAUCUGAUGUGUGACAUGAAGCCUUCGGUAGGUUAUGCCAGAUUUUGUGAAACAUGUUACAAAAGUUAGAGACUGUUGAAGUCAGAAUUAUUAGCCCCCCUUUGAUUUUUUUUUUUUUUUUUCUUUUUUAAAUAUUUCCCAAAUGAUCAAGGAAAUUUUCACAGUGUGUCUGAUAAUAUAUUUUCUUCUGGGGAAAGUCUUGUUUCAGCUAGAAUAAAAGCAGUUUCAGAUUUUUUAAAAACAUUUUAAGGUUAAUAUUAUUAGCCCCUUUAAGCUAUAUUUUUCGUUGGUAGUCUACUGAACAAACCAUCGUUAUACAAUAACUUGCCUAAUCACCUUAACCUGCCUAAUUAACCUAAUUAAGCCUUUAAAUGUCACUUUAAGCUGUAUAGAAGUGUCUUGAAAAAUACCUAGUCAAUUAUUUACUGUCAUCAUGACAAAGAUAAAAUCGUUCAGUUAUUAGAAAUGAGUUAUUAAAACUAUUAUGUGUAGAAAUGUGUGGAAAAAAUCUUCUGUCCGUUAAACAGAAAUUGCGGGGGACAGGGCUGAUAAUUCAGGGGGGCUAAUAAUUCUGACUUCAACUGUAUACAUGCAUAGCUAUUCACUACCAAUGUUUUUUCAUGAACUGACGUUUUAUCCUGUUGGAAGUUUACAUGGUCAAUAAAAAAAUGUCUCAUGGGCGUUAUUGAAAAAAUGUAAAGUGUCACAUUCCAUUCCGAAAUAUCAAAAGAAAUUAAUAAUAAAUUAUCCAAAAGUUUUUUUUUAUCAAGUACUUUUAAAUAAUAAAAAACGUUUAAAUAUUUUAUUAUUAAAUAUAAUAUUUUUAUAUACUGUAUGCAAAUUACAGAUUUUUGCCACUUAUUUUAAGGCCAAAAAAAUUUGGCACAAAAUAUUAUUGAAGAAUUAUACAAAAUAAUAAUAAUUGAAAUGUUUCUGUCUUUUCAGUGUCAGCGCAUCACAACAGAAGGGUUCAUUAAAUGAAAUAAAACUUUCUACAUACAAAACUUUCUUUAUGUUCAACACUUAUGAUCUACAAAUAUAAAUAGUAAAUCAUUGAAAAGUUUUUUUUUUAAUUAAAAAAAACUUUUAAAGAAUUUAUUAUUAAAAUCUUAAAAUAUUUUCUCUGUUUUUUUACACUGUAUACACAAAAAUUUGAACACAAAAUAUUCAAAAUAUAAUAUGAAUAAAUUAAUAAUAAUAUAAAUAAUGAAAAUUUCUCUGUCUUUUAAGUGCAUCACAUCAGAAGAGUUCAUUAAAUGAAAUAAGACAAUCUUUAUGUUCUAGGCAUGGAUCGGUAUACGAUUCUGACAGUAUGAUAAACCUUGGACAAAAUACCAUGGUUUACAUUUACAUGUGCUCGUUUAUCUCAUUAUGCCUUUCAUCUGCUUAUUUUAAUCGUCCGCAUUGUUUUUUUCUGAACAUGAAAUACUACAUGCAUAUUUGUGUUAUUACAUUAUUAACCAAAACUCUGUGAAGCAUGGUGUAACUGACAGGAUAUUCGUGACUUUAUUUGACCAAAAAAUAUCCAAAAGGCUUGUGUUUUAUGGAUAAAAUCAGCUUGUUUAACAAUGUGAAAUUUAUGUGAUUUUUAAUCAAUAAAUAUGCUUUAAAGUGA